GCAUAGCGUUUGGCAAACAAGACUUGUUUUCAUUAUUAUCUGAAUGUUUUUAGUUCUUUUAUUGUGGUUGGUAGGGCUAUUUUAUUAAUGUCGAAGAGAUAUUGUGCAUGUGAAUGUUACUUGACAGACCUAGUUUAUAUCGGGACUUAAAUAGACCUACCCUGAGGUUGAAUGUUAGUGAUCAAGUCGGCUAGGCUAAUCGACACUUAUUUGGUUCCUGCAAUAACUUAAUUAUUGCAAAGCAAAAAGGCAGCAAAUAUCAACGCUCCCAAAUUCGACCCUAAUAAUGACAAAAUAAUCAGUGAGGAUUGGCCUAAUUAAUUACUAGUAGGUCUAUUAAAAAAACACUAAGAUAGGCUAUGUGAUAGGCUAUUACUCUAGGUUUCUGCUCCUGCACCACCAUCGAUUAUGGCUUCAUUUGACGAGGAAGUUUUUGAAAAGAAGCUGGUUGGCCUCAAGGAUACACAUGAGAGCAUAUCGGCUCUCUCUCAAUGGUGUCUCGACCGACCAACAAAUCAUAAGAAGAUUGUGUCGAUUUGGCUACAAACUCUGAAGAAAGUGAAAAUAGAACAGCGCCUGACCCUGUUUCAUUUGGCAAAUGAUGUUAUACAGUACAGUAAGAGGAAAGGCUACGACUUUGUUGAAAGCUGGGGCACUGCUCUCCAGAAAGCGACCACAUUGGUCAGAGAUGACAAAGUAAAAAACAAAAUCUUAAGGUUGUUUAAGAUUUGGGAUGAAAGAUCAAUUUACGAUGAAGCAUUUCUGGCAGAUCUUUCCGGGCUACUCAGUAGUCGCCAACCUGCUCAAGGAAAAGACGAUGCUGUAGACUUUCAGCCAAGUCAUUUAAUUGGAAAAAUAAAAUCCUGUAAAACCUUGGAAGAAGAUACAGACGCCAAGCGGAAAAUCGUAAAUGACAGCCAUUUAUCACUGAACGAUGCAGACUCACUUCGAUCUUUCUUGAAAGAUAGGAGACAUGGAGCUGAUUUGGAACAGGAGCUGGAAGAAGGGGUUGACAAAAUGGUUGCAUUCAUUUCUGCGUUGAAAACAGAAAUAAAGGAAAGAAAAUCUCUCAUUGAAACCUUGGAGCAAGGUGAAUCAUUCUACAAUACUCAACGAGGGGAAGCUAGAAUUGUGUGCAAUGCAUACAGAAACUUCCUUAAGCGGGUGGAGGGCUUGAGGAAAAAAUUGCUUGAUGUGACACCAACGCUACCGAGUCCAAUACCAUCGCCUGACGUGAACGCUCCGUCUCCCUCGCCGGAGUCUGAUAUUGAACUGCCUGAUGAUAACGAGCCACCCGGUAAUUACUCGGUGGCGACUUCGUUCAUGGGGAAGUUGGUAGUUCCAGAAAACGUAAAGUUGUCUAACCCAACAGAAGCUAUAUACUCCCUCAUCGACAGUCCGAGUCGAUCGAGAAGUCCAGCUAAGCUGAACUACAAACCACCAACUCCUCCGAGAAGUUUCAAACGGAAAUCGUCCCCGAAGUCUUACAACUCACCUCCGCCUGCUACGCAUAUCUCUACUCCAACGCUCUCUUCUAGUUCUGCAUCCAAUUACUCGUCAAACUCUCCCUACCAGCCUGUAGCGAAACCCACGUACAAACCUACGACGUAUUCUGCGCCUUACAAGGCGAGUUAUGCUACGAACUAUUACAACCCGGAAGAAAACGAUCAGAUGAAUUCGUACGAUAGUAAUUCCCAAGACUCUUAUCACAUUCCUGGAGCCAACCCGCCUCCCCCCGAGGUGUACCCGAAUCCAAGAAACCCCUCUCCCACCUUCUCCGACUCGAGAAAUGGAUCCAACCCUCCUUACAACAAUCCACCACCAGACUAUAUACCAACAACGACAAACACUUCCACCUACGAUACGGGGAAAUCUUCGAGGAAAUACUCAGGAUAUGACGAACCACCUGUGGUUCCUCCUCCGCCUGAUUAUACCGUUCCCCCUCCCACCGAGGAUUAUAGACCCUUCUACUCAUCCAACAACCUAACCGUUCCACCUUUACUGGGGGAAGAUUGUCCACCCACCAAUGUGAACGGGUUGGAUAGUUUCUUACAGUCGGAGAAUUCACUCAAUGAAGAUUCUUCUGCCCCGGCACAAUUGGGCUCUGGUAGUGGCUUCAGCAGCUUUAUGGGAAAUCUGAAUUUACCGUUUGAUUUCCAGAAAGGGCUUUUUUCCGAGAGUUGUGACGAUACACCCGCUUCGCCACCACUCGAAGGACUUGAUGACAAUACUUCCCACUACUUCUCUGAUUCCAAUCAAGAGGGCGGGAAACCAAUAGAAGUGAUAAACAGAACUAAACAGCCAGAUCUGAGUGAGAUACUGAAGGCUAUCAGUAUGCAGCCCCCUCCUGCUCCCCGGGGGGAUUUGGAGAUUCCAACAGUUCCCCCCAUCACGUUACCCCCGCCACCACUGCCCCCCACCACCCUGGCCGAGCCACCUCUUCUACCUCCCAAGUUUCCCACGUGGGGACAAGGUGAUAACUGGCCUGACACUCCUGCUUCGCCUCCUCUCUACGAGAAAUCUGGGUUUGGAGGGCCGGCUGAGUUUGAAGAGCCAGAUUCAUUGACACUUGGUGACACGGAUACAGAUAUGAGGUCUGUUCGGGUGCAAGGCGACAUUGACCACCGCAACCUCAUCAGUCUGACGUCUUCGCCUCGGGACGAGAACCCUUGGGCCAACAACCAGGACACCGACUACAGAAAAAUGGCACUGGCUCCCAAACGAGGUACUCAAGACGUGAACGUGGAAAGUGUGGACAUGGAGAUGAGUUCAGAUGAGGAAAUGGACACUGAGUCAAAGACCCAGACGCAAACGAGUGUCUCCUUCUCUUUGGCUCCGAGUGUCAAACCUCUGGUCGACUCUCCGCUGAAGGAGAGGGAAGAGCCGAAAAAGAAACUGUUGAGUGUCACGUUGACUCCGCCGCCAAAGUUACCUGAACCCCCUCCGCUUCCGGAUGUGGACGAAAUCUUUACAGAGAUCAACGAAACUAAGAAAUUGACGCCACCACCUCUGCCUCCGCCUGUGCCGCCAAGCUUGGUGCAGCAGAUACCGACACUGCAAGAGCCGAAUGCACCCAGAGGACCGUUCCCUCCGAGGUUCAACAAUCCGAGGCCGAGGUUUCCUCAAUGGCAGAAUAACCAGAGUCCGAGGCCGAGACAACCCCCCAUGGUUGGUCCGAGGUUUCGACCUGACGGCAACUUCCGAGGACGUCCGCCGUGGUUUCGCGGAAACCGACCUCCACGAUUUGGCGGAUGGUAAGUUUUGAGGCUGUUUUGUAAAGAUAACGUUGUAAAUAAGUACAUUAAUGUAUAUAAGACUGUGUAGCGUAAGGUUUUAACGUUUUAACCCUUUGUGGUUGAAAUUAUGUCGAGGACGCCCCAAGUUAUUAUUUUGUGAUGAAUAUGCAUAGGCCAUCAUUUGAUUUUUGUAAAAUUCGGACAUCUAAUUUAUGAGUACAUUGGUGAAUGUAUCUAUAUAUCUUUUAAUGUUUGUCUUGAGGUAUUUUGAAUGUUUAUGAUUAAUUUCUAUAAUAACCUUGUGUUUUUUGCAUAUUGUAGACCUAGCCUGCAUUCAAACUCUAAGGGUUAGUUGAUUCAACCGCAAAGGGUUAGUUGUAAUAGUGUAAGAGAUUUAAAACUACUGUUAAACGUUUUAUGUUUGUUGGGUUGCUGCACCAAAAUGUAUGAGUUACUGUUUUUACGGUGUUUGUAAUUGUUUUAGGGGUUGUGGUUAUUCAAAUUAUGGUUUUGAAAUAAGGAAAACCGUUUUAACAAAAAUGUCUGUUGAAAUAUUGGUUAUUCAAAUUAUUGUUAUUAAUCUUUUUUUUCAAAUUCAUCAAUAAUAGAUCAGGCAUGUACAAUUCAGCUUGUGUUAGCCAAAGGGGCAUUUAUGGAAUAAGCUAAAUAUUUAAAAAUUUUGUUGGUGGUAAAAAUUAAGCUGUUUAGGCCUAUCAAUAAUAUGUAUUAAUAUUAUUUGGUAGGCUACUUGUUACAAAUUUAGUUAUUCUCAAUUGAGCAUGAGUAUGCUAAAAUAUGUAUGUGUUUUGCAUUUUUACAUUUGAGAUAGCAUAUUUACUGAAUGCUGUUUAAUUGUAUUACUUGUUUAAUAUGGAACUCAUAAAUUUAAUUCACUAAACUAGUCAUAUGAAAAUAUUUAUCAUGUUUUGUUUUGAGCUAUCAUCUUAUGUAUUAUAGUUCCUAGGAUAUAUUGCAUUACCACUGAUUUUGUUGAUGGCAUAGUUAUCUAUAUUCUUUAAGGGUUUGCGAUUUAGUUUUCUAGUUAAAAGUACUUUUUCUGGCUUUGAAGUCUUCAUUGUACAUCCUCACAUACGGUGUUUUCAAAAAAAUUUGAAUAUAUUACUAAGAAUGAAU